CCUUCCAGGCAAAGCAAACGCAUGUCUUCCUAAUGUAAGAAAGCGGCGGGCGGGCUGCCACAGAAGGAUCUUGACAGGGAGGAAAGAGGAGGCAGAGAGAGGCGAGCCCACUCCAGCUGGUGCUCAGGCACUUUCAGCAGGGGAAGGGAACCCUUGUCCCCGGGCGUCUGCAGACUAAGGGAAUGUAUUUAGUUCACACAAACAUGGCUGCUGCCUUCCGAGCUGCACACCGGGUGUUGUGUCCAUUCACAAAAAGCAGCAGCUGCAGUCAAGUGAGAGUCCAAAUACAAUGGAGAGGUCAGUCAACAGCAGCAGCAGCCACACAAACAAAAAGCACAGAGCCUCAAAUUCAGCCUGAAAAGAGGAAAACUAAAACAGGAAUCUUGAUGUUAAACAUGGGUGGCCCAGAAACACUGGGAGAUGUCCAUGAUUUCCUGCUUAGGCUUUUCCUAGAUAAGGACCUGAUGACGCUUCCAGUACAAAAUAAGCUGGCACCAUUUAUUGCCAAACGUCGCACACCGAAAAUCCAAGAACAAUAUAGCAAGAUCGGAGGAGGAUCACCAAUUAAAAAGUGGACUGUAACACAGGGAGAAGGCAUGGUGAAACUGCUGGAUGAAAUGUCUCCUCAUACUGCUCCUCACAAAUACUAUAUUGGAUUUCGGUAUGUCCAUCCUCUGACAGAAGAAGCAAUUGAAGAGAUGGAGAAAGAUGGCGUUGAAAGAGCUAUUGCAUUCACACAGUAUCCGCAGUACAGCUGUUCUACCACGGGAAGCAGCCUAAAUGCCAUUUAUCGCUACUAUAAUAAAAAGGGGGAGAAGCCAAAGAUGAAAUGGAGCAUUAUUGACAGGUGGCCCACACAUCCCCUUCUCAUUCAGUGCUUUGCAGACCACAUACAAAAAGAACUGGAUCUGUUUCCACCUGAGAAGAGGAAAGAUGUUGUCAUUCUUUUCUCGGCUCACUCGCUCCCAAUGUCUGUAGUGAACCGUGGUGAUCCAUACCCUCAAGAGGUGGGAGCUACUGUCCAAAGAGUCAUGGAGAAGCUCAACUUUUCCAACCCCUAUAGGCUCGUGUGGCAGUCCAAGGUUGGCCCAAUGCCCUGGCUGGGUCCUCAGACAGAUGAAACUAUUGAAGGACUCUGUAAACGGGGAAAGAAGAACAUUUUGUUGGUUCCAAUAGCAUUUACCAGUGACCACAUUGAAACUCUCUAUGAGCUGGAUAUUGAAUAUGCGCAAGUUUUAGCAAAUGAGUGUGGAGUUGAAAACAUCAGAAGAGCAGAGUCUCUUAAUGGAAAUCCAUUGUUCUCCAAGGCACUGGCAGACUUGGUCUAUUCACAUAUCCAGUCGAAUGAAAUCUGCUCCAAGCAGUUAACCCUCCGCUGCCCGCUUUGUGUAAAUCCUGUCUGCAGGGAGGCAAAAUCCUUCUUCACUAAUCAACAGCUGUGACAUGCAGCGUAGAAGAACACACUUGAUUUGUGCAGGGAAAUCACUUAAUGGUGCAACAAUGCAGACAUCAGAAAUUGCACACAGAUAGCCAAACUCUAGCAUUCUGGUACACUCUUCUAACCCCAGUGACUUCAGUGGGGUUGCAGUUUUGUAACAGAGACGAGAAUUUGAAGUUUUUCUUUUUUUAUUUGAGAGAUGUGGGUGGAAGAGAAGGAAGGAAGGGCUUGAUGCAGUGAGGUGCUGAGAGGUCUCAAUUCCCCUGGGACUCAUGAGCACUUCAGAGCAUAAGGCCCAAAAGUAAGCACUGAAAAACCUUUGAUACAAACUGGCAUCUAAAGCUCUUUGCAGGGAGUUCUUUAUAUGCACUAAUGUCAUGAAUAUAUUCAUUUCAGCCUUCCA